AUGCACGAUCAAGGGCUGACGUCCAAAGAUAUCCAUUUGAUUGAAUCUGUGCCGCAGGUGAGUGUCGAAGCGAUCAUCCCUCCGUUUUCCAUUCCGAAAGCUGAAGGCGCUGGAGAAGGCCCUGGCGGCUCCACAUCUGAAAGUUCGCCAAGUGAUUCUCGCCCUGGAGAGAGCAAACAGAGCAGUGAAGCAGCUCAGCGUGGCGGAGGCCUAGUUCGUCUGCCUCUCGAAGAAGAGUAUUGUUCAUUUUUCAACAAUCGUGCUCCACGGGCCCAGGAGACGUUGAGCAACUGCACUUGGUACCGUGAGCGCAGUUGUUGUCAAGAUGUAGAGUUGAAGAUAACAUUUGCCAAGAUGAAACCAUUGAAAGGGGCCUCAGAUGAAUGCGUUCGCUACCUAAACUACCUGAUGUGCUACAUCUGUGCGCCAGACCAAUACAAUUUUUACUUACAGGACAGAUUAACGGUGAGUUUGGGAAGGGUUCAUCACCACAUUUGA